AUGUCGGUACUAGUCCCACUAGCAUACCAAGGAAACACCUCAGCGGCGGCGCCGGACUGGCUAAACAAAGGCGACAACGCAUGGCAAAUGAUCUCCGGCACCCUGGUCGGUCUCCAAAGCGUCCCCGGUCUAGUAAUCCUUUACGGCAGCAUCGUUAAAAAGAAAUGGGCCGUCAAUUCCGCCUUCAUGGCUCUCUACGCUUUCGCCGCCGUCAUCAUUUGCUGGGUCACCUGGGCAUACAACAUGUCUUUCGGCGACAAGCUCCUACCUUUCUGGGGAAAAGCGGGUCCAGCACUCGGUCAGAAAUUUCUAAUCAAACAGACCCAGUUGCCCGAGUCGACUCAGUAUUAUCGUAACGGUACAGUGGAGACGGCGAUGAUAACGCCGUUUUAUCCGAUGGCUACGAUGGUGUGGUUUCAAUGCGCGUUUGCGGCGAUAACGCUAAUAUUGUUGGCGGGUUCUUUGUUGGGGAGAAUGAAUAUAAAGGCGUGGAUGAUGUUUGUGCCGCUUUGGUUAACGUUUUCUUAUACUGUCGGCGCGUUUAGUUUAUGGGGCGGCGGUUUUUUGUUUCAUUGGGGUGUUAUUGAUUACUCCGGCGGAUAUGUUAUUCAUCUUUCCUCCGGCAUCGGCGGGUUCGUCGCCGCUUAUUGGGUGGGACCAAGAUCGCCGGUUGACAGGGAGAGAUUCCCUCCGAACAACGUAUUACUAAUGUUGGCCGGAGCCGGUCUUUUAUGGAUGGGAUGGGCCGGUUUCAACGGCGGCGAUCCUUACAGCGCCAACAUUGAUUCAUCCAUGGCCGUUCUCAACACAAACAUAUGCGCCGCCACCAGCCUCCUCGUUUGGACCUGGCUUGACGUCAUCUUCUUCAACAAACCCUCCGUCAUCGGCGCCGUCCAAGGAAUGAUCACCGGCCUAGUCUGCAUUACUCCCGGCGCCGGUUUAGUUCAAGGAUGGGCAGCAAUAAUAAUGGGUAUCCUCUCUGGAAGUGUGCCAUGGUUCACAAUGAUGGUGGUCCACAAACGGUACCCCUUCCUCCAAAAAGUCGACGACACUCUCGGCGUCUUCCACACCCACGCCGUCGCCGGAUACCUAGGCGGUAUUCUCACCGGUCUCUUCGCCGAACCCAGACUAUCGGCGCUGUUUCUUCCCGUGGUUAACUCCAGAGGCGGCGUUUAUGGCGGCUCAGGGGGAAGUCAAAUUAUGAAACAGAUUGUGGGUGGAUUGUUCAUAAUUGUGUGGAAUAUUGUGUCUACUUCGAUUAUAUGUGUUUUGAUAAAACUGGUGAUGCCGUUGAGGAUGUCCGACGAGCAAUUGAAGAUCGGAGAUGAUGCGGUUCAUGGAGAGGAGGCGUAUGCGCUUUGGGGAGAUGGGGAGAAGUAUGAUUCUUCAAAGCAUGGAAUUUUACGACGUGAUUAUUCCGAUGAUAAUAUUCAUCUUAGGGCAUCUGGUGCUACUCAAGUUGUCUAGAGAUCAAUUGUU